AGAGGUGGUAUUUGAGUCCUCCGGUAUCCCAGCAGGCAGUGCAGCCUAGAGACGCUGACAAAGGACCGGAGGAGCAGUCGCAGCUGCUUUCCGAGGAGCCGGUGUUGCCGAGAGGAAACCCAUGCAUCAAGACUUGAAUUUUGGACCCUCCUUUGAGAAAGCCUCUCUUCUGGAAAAGCAGGGAAAUUUUGUAGCCAUGAGGGCGUGUAUGACAGUGAGCGCCCCAGGGACAGGACUUUGGAAAGGAGACCCAGAGGAGACAGUCACUGUGUAGGGAAAUGUGAGUCUGGAGACCAGAGAUCUGCACCUUGUGCGACCCUGAAGACUCCCAAGGACUCCUUAACAAGUCUGGAUAUUCAGCUUCCUUUCAAGACAUUUUUGCUUGUCUUGGGUUUUCGGCAGAAAAAAGAUGAAAAGCACUCUCCUACCCAAUGCUGCCAGAAAGCACUAACUAAAGCAUUGUUGAAAUGAAUGUAAAAAUUGCCAAAAUGCUUUGGAGUUUUUAAGUAACUGACUUGAGAAAAGUCCAAAAUAGAUUUGAGACCCAACACAGAGGCUGCAGGAGGGGGAUUCAGUGCCAAUGCAUCAACAAAAAAGACAGCCAGAGUUAGUGGAAGGAAAUCUUCCUGUUUUUGUGUUUCCUACGGAGCUAAUAUUUUAUGCAGAUGACCAGUCAACACAUAAGCAAGUGUUGACUCUGUAUAAUCCCUAUGAGUUUGCCUUAAAGUUCAAAGUUUUGUGUACGACUCCAAAUAAGUAUGUUGUUGUGGAUGCUGCAGGUGCAGUGAAGCCGCAGUGCUGUGUGGAUAUUGUGAUUCGUCAUAGAGAUGUUCGAUCCUGCCACUAUGGUGUAACGGACAAAUUCCGUCUUCAAGUUUCCGAGCAAAGCCAGAGGAAGGCUUUAGGAAGGAAAGAGGUUGUGGCUACUCUUCUCCCGUCUGCAAAAGAACAACAAAAGGAAGAAGAGGAAAAAAGGAUAAAGGAACAUUUAACCGAAAGUUUAUUUUUUGAGCAGUCCUUUCAACCAGAAAACAGAACUGUCUCCUCAGGACCUAGUUUACUGACCGUCUUCCUGGGAGUGGUGUGCAUUGCAGCUUUGAUGCUUCCUACGCUGGGGGAUGUGGAAUCGCUGGUGCCUCUCUACCUCCACUUAAGUGUGAAUCAAAAAUUAGUGGCCGCUUAUAUCUUAGGUCUUAUCACAAUGGCCAUACUUAGAACAUGAACAAGGAAUUCAGUUGACCUCUGAAGUAAAUUUAUCUUGCAAAUAUGAAUGUGGACUGCCUUUGAUCUCUUUCACUCCAUUAACAUGCUACCAACUGUUGAGUGAUUUACAAUAAUUGCAGAUGUAUAAUAUAUAUUUUAAAUUAGUCUAUAAUUUUAUUUGAAGGACUCUAGCACAUCGUGAUACAGACAGCAAGGAUGCUUCUGAGUGACACCUAGGAGAUCAUUUGAAAAAAUUCUUUUUAUAUCUAAACCUAUUAUGCAAAAGACUUCAAGCAUCUGUUAUUGUCUCCUUUUUUUUUUCUAAUUCAUUUUGAACAUGAAGGUCCUAUGUCCUUCAGUUACAGGCGUGAAACAUAAAAUGGCCUUUCUUUCUUGACUACAAACAUCAGUGUUCCUAUGUAAAUUAUACCUUGUCCUCUGUUGUUACCAACAGUUGCCAUGGUGUUUCUAAAAUUAAGUUUUACAGUUAAUGCAUGGAAGAUACACAAAGAAAAAGCAUAAUAAAAUGCUGAGGGAUCAUGCGUGUCCUAUCCUCAGAUCUCCCAGAAGACCAGCCAUAUUUAAUUCAUCAGGUGAACUACACAAUAGGUUGUGGUCCAGACACACAGCAUGUGGGUUUUUUUCUUAACCCUCGGAAUUAGGAUGCUUCUCUGUUUGGUCCAAGAAUUCAAAAGGAAGGUAGGCAUUUAUUUAGUUAUUUGGUUCACCCUGGCUUUACCUCUGGAUAAUGCUUUACGUUAACAGGAGGAAGAAAAUCACUUUAUCAUUUCUUCCUAGCCCUUUGCCUGACCGUAAGCCACUUGCCCAGACUGGGAUGACCAGGUGCUGGGGGUUUAUGUGGAGAUGUUUUUCACCUUUAAACUCCAAGCCAAGUGUAGAAAAUCCUUGAUAUGUGUCUAUUUUAUAUCAAUCAUGGAGAUAUUUUUUAAGUUUGUAUUUAUUAAAACAACUUUACCAAAAAAAAGUCCCUAAAGCACAACUAUUUACAUUUCUUUAUAGCGUCUCUGAUCUUGAACAUACAUAUGCAAUUUUAACUGUUGUUAUCAUAAUAACUGAUCUUCUGACUUAGAAUUUUUUUUUAAAUUUAUUUAUUUAUUGCGAGAGAGAGAGUGUGUGCACAUGAGCAGUGGCAGGGCGGAAA